GUCACUCGUGCUGAUGUCACUCGCGCUCUGAAAAUGGCCGAGUCGGAAGAGGAGGUGGAUGUCUUGGUCCAGAGAGUUGUCAAAGAUAUCACUAACGCUUUUAAGAGAAACCCUGCCAUUGAUGAGAUUGGUCUCAUACCGUGCGCAGAGGCUCGGUACAACAGAAGCCCCAUCGUUUUGGUGGAGAAUAAGCUUGGGGUGGAAAGCUGGUGCGUGAAGUUCUUAUUGCCUUACGUGCACAACAAGCUGCUGCUGUAUCGGCAGCGACAACAGUGGCUGGACCGUGAGACACUAGUUGACAUCACCUGCACAGUAUUGCUAUUAAACCCGGACUUUACCACUGCCUGGAAUGUCAGAAAGGAGCUCAUUCAGUGUGGAGUGCUGAAUCCAGACAAGGACCUGUACCUGGGGAAAUUAGCACUGACCAAGUAUCCAAAAAGCCCAGAGACAUGGAUACACAGGCGAUGGGUGCUGCAGAGGCUGCAGAAGGAGCCGUGUGGAGCUGAUGAGAGGAGUGACUACAGUGAACAGAUACAGAGAGCUGUGCACGAGGAGAUGAAGGUGUGUGCGGAUGCCGCAGGCCGUUACCCCAGCAACUACAACGCCUGGUCGCACCGGAUCUGGGUCCUGCAGCACAUGGCCAAAGGCAGUCUGAAGAUUCUUCAUGAUGAACUCUCCUCCACGAAACUUUGGGUGUCCAUGCAUGUAUCCGACCACAGCGGCUUUCACUACCGCCAGUUCCUGCUCAAGGCAUUGCUAGCUGAGCUGGGUCAGGUCCAGCAGCCUAACAGAGGAAGCUCAGUGGAAGAGCCCCAUACCGAUGCCAUCCCUCAGCUCUUCCAUGACGAGAUAGAGGUCUGUACUGACCUCAUCGAGUCGUACCCCGGCCAUGAGACACUGUGGUGCCACAGACGGCAUGUGUUCUAUCUAUGGCACCACUGGCGGAAUCACAGUCAAGAGCUGGGUCCUGUAUCUCCAAGCCACAACCACAAUCUCCUCAAUGACUCCUCAGACCCUAGCGAUGAAGACAGGAGCUUCCAGGCAAUGGAUGUUGACUGUACACAAGAGGGCAGUAAGCACGGAGGCUACACACAGGACAGUAAACGGCUGAAGCGAGGGCCACCGUGCCCCACUCUCCCUUCUGAACACACAUUCAUCUCGCGUAUCCUCAGCAGCUGCAGUAACCCUGAACAAGGCCGCUUCGCCAACGCAUACAGGAAGUGGCUGGACUCUGUCAUAGGUCAGUAGCUCAAGAUAUACUUCGCCCACAUGGAAAUGGGUGACUUUUGAUAGAUCCAUGCACCAUCCAUGCAAGUCUUGCUCACCUGAAGAAGGCCAGACUGUCAAGUGAAUUCCCCUUCAUGAUGAAAACCAAGUGAUGAGUCAUGGCAGAGUCUGGUCUGCAGUAUCUGCUUAUGUUCAGGUACUUGAUAUCUCAGGUCUGUUUUUUUUUUUCUUUUUUCAGUUUGAAACUUUUUACAUUGUUUAUAUGUUUUUAAUGAGUUUCUUAUUCUUAUUAUUUUUGCACAAUUUAAACGAGUGCAGGACGUCUUCAUGACACUGCCUUCAGUUGUACGCUUCCUGUUGGGAGACUUGUGCGCACGUAUCGGAGCUCAAUCCGAUCCUGUCCCACUGCCUUCUGUUCCUUUAAGAGCAGGCAGGUUUUGGUUACUUGUUCUCCCGUUAUUUGUUCUUUGAACUGUAUAGGUCUAAACAAAUUUCAGAGCACUUUGCUUUAGUUAACGAUGUAAGCACAAUCACAGAGUUUCUCAGAAACAUUUCAAAACAUGGUAGACUGAUCGCUUUGGGAUCAAUACUUAUUAAGACUUUUAAUAGCAGUGCUAAUAUUACACAAUGAAAAUGGGUAGUGCCUGUGCAAUUUGUAGGUGUGUUUCUGUUCUAAUGUAGAGGCAUAGCAGUGGCUCAGGCUUCACAAUUAGCUACAUGAUCUUAGAGACACAUUCAUCACACUAUAAAAUAAAGAUCACAUACAUAACCA